CAUUCUCUAUAGACUGUUGACAUCAAUCAGUCUUUUGAUGCUUGUGUGCCGAGGGUAAGUAUUUCCCUUUUAGGUAUGAAGCAGGAGCUGCUGAGAGACAUCCAGAAGGAGAUGAGGAUAGCAGCAGGGGCAGAAAAGCUGUACCGUGUCACCAAGGACAGACAGACCAAAGCCCAGGUGAAGAAGCUGAGGACGAGCAGUGAGAAGAAGGUGAAAGCCCUUUACUCCGCUCUCCUCAAGCUCAAUGAGGAUAUAGCUCAGAGGGAAGCAGAGAAUGCUCCAGAUGCAGUACCGGAGAAUACCAGUGACACCGGGGUAAACAUCCAAGCAAGAGAGAUCACUGCGCCUGAGGUUCAGGUCAUUUCAGAACCUGCCAGUGAUACUUCCCAACAUCAACAUCACGAAUCAUCUGAGGAACCUGUUCCAGAGACAGAACAGCCGCCCGAAGAGCCAUCUGACAGUGACUUACCUGCAAACGACAUCAAUGAGGAGGCAGAGGAAGAGGCAAAAGAAGCAGUUGUUGAAGAACAUCCAGUGCAAGAACAGCCUGAGAACGAGGAAGAAAGGUGAGAUCACAGUUUACACGCAAGGCCGCAGUUUAGCCUGCUUUCUUCUAUAAACAUUACACUUUUAUUAUAAUGAUAUUUUACCUCAAU